GAGUAACCAGUUGGGAAUGUUCACAAAAAAAGAAUUUGAUCAAUUGGCCCCAGUAGUGGACAGUUUCAGUCUCAUGACCUAUGACUAUUCAACCCCACAACGGCCUGGUCCAAAUUCACCUCUUCCCUGGGUAAGAGCCUGUGUGCAGAUGCUAGAUCCCGAAUCCAAAUGGAGAAGUAAAAUUCUUCUUGGGCUGAAUUUCUAUGGCAUGGACUAUUCAGCUCUGGGUGCCUCUGGGGAACCUAUCUUUGGCAGCAGGUACAUUGAAACCCUGAAGGAACACAAACCGAAAAUCAUUUGGGAUGAACAAAUAGCUGAACAUUAUUUUGAAUACAAGAAAAGUAAAGGGGGAAAGCACGCAGUCUUCUACCCAACAUUAAAGUCCAUCCAGCUGCGCUUAGAAUUUGCAAAGGAAUUGGGCACUGGAAUAUCCAUCUGGGAGCUGGGACAAGGCCUGGAUUAUUUUUAUGACCUACUUUAAAAUAAACGAACUGGGAAAGACUUUAUUUGCUGAGAUUGCUUUAUCAAUUACUUGGGGGGAUUUUUGGGAGAAGGUUUUUUAAAAAAAUACUGGUUUUUGUAAUUUAUAUUAAAUCUGUAUUAAAUUUGCAUUUUCCCAAUAAAUAAGAUGUUCUGAA